CAUGUAUUGUGCUUAUUGAUCCUUUGCGAUUUCAAUGAAGUUAGUCUUCUUCACUCUGUGAAAUAAAAUAGGUUUUCUCAAUACUAUUUACCUCUACAGCCCCGUUCGUGCAGAAAAUCGUUUCAAAUCCGUAAUACAAAAAUCGCUCAAGUGAAGCAAAAUCACAUUAUUAGAUUUAACUGAGAAAACACGAGCAGCUUUUUUCUGUGAAAUACCUACAACCUUGUGUUAUGUCAUUGAGGAUCAUAUUUGUAGUUACAGUAGCUGUUGUGUAGUGCAAAUGACAAUGAUGCUAGUGUAGUGAAAAAUAGUGGGUGAAGUGAAAAGUACGAGAUAUCAAAUUUUCCAACCCAAAACCGUGUUUAAAAAUAUUCUGUGGCAAGUGAUUAUUGAUUGAGUCCAUUAGAAAUGCAGCCGUUUUCUAAUAAUGACUACGGUGGGAAUGAUUAUGGAAAUUACGAACAGCAGCAAAUUCCGAUGCAACCGCAAGGUGGCGCCAGGCCAAUGGUUGACCCUGAGGCAAUGGGGGAAGUUGAUCCCACGCUUUACCCUCAGGCAAAGGAAUCAACACAUAAAAUAAGAGGAAAAUCAGAUAUUCUAGAAAUGCUAUGUGGUUCCGUAGACCAAGAAUUGUUACCAGUAAAAACCUUCUACUUCUUCUUCUAUGCUGCCUUUGGUUCACUUUUUCCACUAAUGGGAGUUUAUUUCAAACAAAUGGGAAUGAAUCCAGGUCAAUGUGGUCUACUUAUUGGAACCAGACCGUUUGUGGAAUUCUUAUCUGCCCCAUUCUGGGGUAGCUACGCUGAUCGGUGCAAAAAAGGAAAAAUGCUACUAAUAGCCUCACUUGCUGCGUGGAUUAUUUUCACCUUGCCGCUAGGUUUUAUUCAGCCCCCGGCAACCAGUUGCAUCGAGCGAAAAAAUGCAACUGAUUUUGAGCUGCGCACUCCACAAGUUCCCCGAAUAUUGAAACGAUCCAUUGAUCAGAGCAUGCUCGAAGAAAUAUCUUUCGCCAAGUAUACUGAAUCCGGUACUCAGUUCGAGAGAGUUGAACGUGCGGCAAGACCGUUAGCAGCAGCUGGACAAUCCCCACUUGGGGUUAGUUAUGCUAACAACUUUAAUGAGAGAUUGCAUAGCGAUUGGGUUUCGCCUCUUUUCUCCUCUAUUGUAUACAGAACCGCGGAUAUUCAAAAAGCAUUUUUUCUGCUUUUGCUGCUUGUCAUAAUCGGUGAAUUCUUCAGCGCUCCAGCGAUUACAUUAGCUGACUCUGCUGUGAUAACCAUUCUUGGUGAGGACGCCGAUCGUUACGGCCAUCAACGAAUGUUUGGAUCACUUGGAUGGGGAUUAGCAAUGUUCUUCGUAGGAAUAGCAUUGGAUCAUUCGACAGCCUUCCCAGAUCAUCCAUGUGGACCCGAGAAACAGGAGAAAAAUUACUCGAUCUGCUUCGCAACAUUUUCAGUGUUGAUGGGGGCUGCACUCAUCUCAGCUACUCAAAUCACUUUCAAAUAUGACUACUCAGAGCCUCAAGCACCUCAGGAACAAAAAGUUUCCCAGGAACCAACUCACGAGGAAAGAAUGCAACACCAGCUAGCAGAACAGCUUCAACUUCCUGCAUUGGCCGCUUCUGCUGGAGGCAUGGGUUGUGCGGCUCCUGUUCCACAAGCUCUGGGAGCUAAGACAGAGAUAUUCGCACAGACCACGCGAGAAAUUCCUGAGUGGGUCACAGUAUUAAAACAAUUCAAGGAUCUGAAAUGUGCGUCGUUCCUUUUUGUGGCAUGGUUCAUGGGAUUCGGCAUCGGGUUAAUCUUUACUUUUCUCUUCUGGCAUCUUCAAGACUAUGGCGGAUCUCCAACAUUGUUUGGCGUAGCAUCGGUCAUCAAUCAUAUUUCAGAGAUAUUCGCCUACUUUUUCAGUUUUCGAUUGAUUACUCAAAUUGGACACGUCAAGGUACUGUGUCUAGGACUUGUGGGAAAUAUUUUACGAUUUUUAUAUAUUUCUUAUCUUAAAAACCCAUGGUGGGUCCUUCCAUUCGAAUUCAUGCAAGGAAUAACACAUGCUGCUGUAUGGGCUGCUUGUUGCUCGUACAUCGCCCACAAUACUCCGCAACAUUUAAGAUCAUCAGCUCAGGGUGUCCUUCAAGGGCUGCACCACGGGCUUGGAAGGGGUUGUGGUGCCGUUAUUGGUGGAAUGUUUGUCAACUACUUUGGAACAACCGCUACCUUCCGCGGCUAUGGAGUCAUUUGCAUUCUAGUUCUAGCCGCGUUUGUGUUCAUUAAUUUCUAUAGAAAAGAGCAAGGUUUUAUUUCAGAAAUUCCAGCCACAGAAGAUCCACAUCAGGUCGCUGAGGAAACGGCUCAUCUUGCUCCACACGGUGUUCCAAGUAACCCUAUACCCAGAGCAUUAUCUAGUACGCGGUUAAACGAAAUCGGCAAUCAAAACGCCGACAAUGGCUACGGUACUUACCAAACUACAGGUGGCGCUCUUGAUGUUCCUGGCGGUGUGCCACAUAAUCCAUUCGCUGCUCCCCAAAAUGUUAGUCUAGGUGGAAAUCAGUAUUAAAUGAUACAUGAAUACAUCGUUUAAGUCACUUGGUAGGAUAGGUCUACAUGUAACACGUCAUUUCAGCAACAAACACGCAUACAUACAUACCAAAAAUCCAUAUUAACAUAAAUAUUGAUUUUACUGUGUCCUCAUUAUAAUUUAAAUUGAAGUGUGUAAUGAUGUACCGAGUAAAUACAGGAAUCUGAACAAACCUGUAUUCCGAUAAAUUGUUGGAGAACUACGAUUGGUCGUUCAUCGAGUGAAAUAUCAAUUUAUAUAAACCAUCUUACAAGUACUUUAAUAUCUAUAUAGUGACGCUUAUAAUUUCAUAUCUAAAAUUAAAAAAAACGUGUUUAAAUACGAUAUGUACGACUUGAUCAUUACAAAUCGUUUUCAAGGCAGUUUCAUUCAAACUGAACUGCCAUUGUCAUCUAGCAGUUCAAUUUAAACCGUUCAGCAGGCGCAAAGUUUACACUACUCAUGUAACACUUUCAGAAUAUUGCACCAAGGUGCAAUAUCCUUUCUGAUAACCCGGACGUAAAUUUCGCAAAUCGCUGAAUUCAAUUUCUAGACAGAAAAUUAAAAAUGAGUUUACUCUGGUUAUUUUAAAUUAAACUUAAUUGCAUCAUUUUUUAACCUUGAUUGUAAACGUCAAUAAACAAAUAAAUUGAGCACCAAGAAAUGCGACCAUCUAGCAAAACUGUUAUCGUUACUCUAUGAAUAUUAAUAUAUAUCAAUCCUGUUUCUCUAGUAAAUCGUCUCUAAAACUCAUUGGAUUUCUAGUCAGGUAAACGUUUCUAUUAUUACGCGAUUCAUUAAAUUAUUAUUUUGUUUUCUCGCAACAAUAAAAAGUUGGUGUCAAAGACUGUACAGAACAGUCAUCAAGUUGAUUAUAUUUCUUAGUACUACUAAUUCUUAUUAAGUCUGUAUGCACGGAACAUUCUUUUCACUUGCACAACGAAGUCUGUCGUCCCCGCGAAAGUUUAAUUCAGGUAUUAAUUCUAUACAACUUUUACUGCAACACCAAAAGUUGAUGCCAGAGUAUUCUUUAAUAAACAUCCUUGUUAAAAUGCAAUGCAAGUAAUAGCUUUAUUGAAAAUCAUAUCGCAUAUCAGUUUUCAACUACAAAUUUUAAAAUAAGAGCGUUCAAGUAUUUAAAUUGAAUGAUAGAAUUUACUAUUUACCAUAUUUACAACACGUUUUUCAUGGUCGCAAAUAGGAGAAUUUAUAGACAGCGGAAGCUAUACUAAUCCUCUCUACCUUCGGAGCCAAUGCUUGUGAAUAAAAUUAUAAAAUGCAGAACAAUCAUGAGUUCCAGAUUUCGAAUAAGUCCUAACAGUUAUAAUUAUCCAUCUGAAUAUGCUCUUGUUAACUCAUUCAAUGUGACCGUCGAUGUUGUCUCGAAUGUUCAAAAUACCACCAAUGAAUUAUGUGUGCCGUUGUCAUCUUUUGUUGUAACCAUAUUUGACUGAUAGAGACGAAAAGAGAGGUUUUAAGUACCAUGAACUAGCUAUAUUCAGUAGCAAAUAAUCGCAGCAUGUUACCAAUAAAUCGAAAGUAUAAAUGUUAAAACUACUCGUGAAAUAAUAUUAAUGAAUAGUGAGAUAGUGAAGAACUAAUAGAUAAAAAAUAAUAUUAUCUGAAAUUGUACAGCACUGAUAUUAUAAAAAGUUAUAUAGUUUUCGACUGUAUAAAAUGCACUUCUAAAAUGUACUAAUAUGAAAUAAAGACGAAUGUCAAUAAAACGAUACAUACGAACGAAACAAAAAAGUUCAA